UCUGCAUCCCCCGCCUUGGCCUUCCUCUUACGGAGGGGAGUCCCCUUGUUGGGUGGGGUCCGUGGCCAACCCCAUCUAGGCCAGGUUCCUGUCAGAUGAGGCAGCCCUUAUGGACUGUCCAGCAUUGAGGGGGGCGGACGCUUCCGGUUGACCUUGUAACCGAACUUCUGCCUCAGGUCCUGCCCUCCUCCUCAGGCGUCGCGCCGCCCCGGGCGCUGGAGCUAACACGCGGCGCCUCUCUCUCUCUCUCUCUCUCUCUCUCUCUCUCUCUCUCUCUCUCGGCCACGCGGAUUUCCUAGUGGCAGAGCUGGCCGAGUCCCCCUGCCUGUCUUUAAACAGGCUUUGAGCCCAGAGAAUUUAUGCUGUGGUUUGAAAUUCGUCUUCUCACGUACAGAGGCAUUGUCUUUCCUUCGUACGCGGCUAAGGGCUCUAGGGGGGUUCAGGCUCCCAGUGCCCCCAUCUUUGCUUCCCGGCGAGGAGAGACCACUGCGAGGGUUCUAGGCGGUGGCCCUCGGAGAAGCAGGCAGGCGCGGAUGAUCGGGCAGCGCGGCGCGCCGCGCCGGGGAGGCAGGCUCGCAGGCUCGCGUCAGGGCACAAAGUCUGGCCGCAUGGAGCCCGCGCAGGGAAUGUGAGGCGGGGAGCGUACAACCGAAGGCACUCAUUCCGCGGCUGCGAGUCGGCCACAAACCUCGGCCCCCGCCCCCUACCCGUUCCCCAGUCUCGCCGGCUCGGCGGCCCGCGCUUCCACCGAGGCCCCAGCCCGGCUCCGCUGGCCCAGAGCGAGGGAGGAGCCGCCCGCGCCAGAGCUUACAUUUAAGAGGAAACAGUCAAGACAAGGAGAACAAGUAGAUCAAGAUGUGUAGCUCUGUGGCUGCCAAGUUGUGGUUUUUGACAGAUCGUCGCAUCAGGGAAGAUUAUCCCCAAAAAGAGAUUUUACGAGCAUUGAAGGCUAAAUGUUGUGAAGAGGAAUUGGACUUCAGGGCUGUGGUGAUGGAUGAGAUUGUGCUGACAAUCGAGCAAGGAAACCUGGGUUUACGGAUCAAUGGAGAACUAAUCUCUGCCUACCCCCAGGUGGUAGUAGUGAGAGUUCCAACCCCUUGGGUGCAAAGUGAUAGUGACAUUACUGUCUUGCGCCAUCUAGAGAAGAUGGGAUGCCGACUGAUGAACCGACCUCAAGCCAUCCUAAACUGUGUUAAUAAAUUCUGGACUUUUCAAGAGUUGGCUGGCCAUGGUGUUCCAUUGCCAGAUACUUUCUCUUAUGGCGGUCAUGAAAAUUUUGCUAAAAUGAUUGAUGAAGCAGAAGUACUGGAGUUCCCAAUGGUAGUGAAGAAUACACGGGGUCAUAGAGGCAAAGCUGUAUUCUUGGCUCGAGAUAAGCAUCAUUUGGCUGAUUUAAGCCAUCUUAUUCGCCAUGAAGCUCCAUACCUGUUCCAGAAGUAUGUAAAAGAAUCUCAUGGACGAGAUGUACGUGUCAUUGUCGUGGGAGGCCGGGUAGUUGGCACCAUGUUACGUUGUUCAACAGAUGGGAGAAUGCAAAGCAACUGCUCGCUAGGUGGUGUGGGGAUGAUGUGCUCAUUGAGUGAACAAGGGAAGCAGCUAGCCAUCCAAGUGUCUAACAUCCUGGGGAUGGAUGUGUGUGGCAUUGACCUGUUGAUGAAGGAUGACGGCUCCUUCUGUGUCUGCGAGGCCAAUGCAAAUGUAGGUUUCAUCGCCUUUGAUAAGGCUUGUAAUCUAGAUGUAGCUGGUAUCAUAGCGGACUAUGCCGCCUCCCUUCUGCCCUCUGGCCGGCUCACCCGGCGUAUGUCCCUGCUCUCCGUGGUGUCCACGGCCAGUGAGACUAGUGAGCCGGAGCUGGGUCCCCCAGCCAGCACUGCUGUCGACAACAUGAGCGCAAGUUCCAGCUCUGUCGACAGUGACCCUGAAAGCACCGAGCGAGAGCUGCUCACCAAGCUCCCAGGGGGCCUGUUCAACAUGAACCAGCUGCUAGCCAAUGAAAUCAAACUCCUGGUGGAGUGACUCCACCGGUAAAUAAUUAACCAACAAUACUCUUGUAAAACUUAAUUUUCUUCCUUUUUUUUUUUUCCUUUUCUAUUUUAACCAACUUGCAAUGCUGUUCAUGGAGGAUGUUCAAGAAGAUAAUAGAAAAUUAGAGUUAGUUGGAGUGAAGAAGGGUAGAUGGAGGAGACCUCUGCUAGUGAGAUGUUACUGACUUGGAUUUACAAAUCCCACAGGAUAGGUGGGAUAUAGAAAAAUGUCAGGCUCAUAGUUACCCUUUUAAAUUACUAACAUUUGUAUGCUCUCAGGCCAUGAGGAACAUAUAAAUUUUGGUCAUGGUCCCUUUUGUUUUUGAGCAAAAAUUGUUUCGAUACCAAUAUCUGAAUAGCAUAAUUUCACGUUGUGUUGCAAGAUUUGUAAUGAAUAGGAAAAUAACUACUAAAUCACACAACUUUUAUUUAUAUACAAAUCUGAAAAUUCAGCCAUUUCCCUAUUAAGUAGCAGCAUUCAUUUAUAGUUAUUUAUGAAAUACAAGGGGCUCUUUUAUUGGGAUUUCUUAUUUUUGUCUUUUGUCUUUUGUUUAUUCCCUUAAUUGGAGCGGGAGGGCGAAGUGAAUAUAACUCAAUAAAGGCUCUUUAAUGACACAGUUGGCAUGUUGCAUGAUGGAAGGGAAGUGAACAGUAUUGCAAUGUCUGGUAUAUAAAAUGACAUUUACUCAAUGUAGAUAAAGUUACACUAGUUUAAAAUGUGUGCAUUGACUUGUAUUUGUUAGUGUUUUAGUCUUUUUUGAAAGAUAUAUGCUCUGUUAAUGUUGCAUUUUUAAAAUUCAUGCUAGUCUAACAUUCCCUACUCUAUGCCUGCAUCUUUAACAAUGGCCAAAGUGAAGAAAAUGCUAUCUUUUUUGUUAACAAGACACUGACUUGAAACAUGUACAUUUAGAGCCUUUUAUUUUUUCCUUUUUUCUUUUGGUGGUUGGACAUUCUGAGGAUAAGCAAAAAUAUUUUGGGGGGGACAAAUUAAGGGCCUAUAAGUUCUUAAGUAUAAAGCUGAAGUGAUUUCUAAUGCCACCGUUACUUAUUUGCAUUUUUCACAUUUUAUGAGGGAGUAUAUCUGUAUGUUUUUGCACGCAUGCAUGUGUAUGUGUUUUGCUUUUUGUUUACACCAACCUAUCAAAAGGGAUAGAUUCUAGAAAAUGGAGCAUGAUGGGAAACAGUUUUUGACUCUAAAAAACAGAUGAGUUGUUUUCAUAACUUAGAUUUAUUAGAAUAGAGCUAGGAUUCACCUAAAGACAUAAGGAAAGUAGAUGCUUCUUAGGCUUUUUUGUGUAUAUGUAUGUUUGUUUUUUUUCCCCCACUUUGUUUCUAAACUGUUCAGUGUGUGAUUUAUUCAAGGCUACAUGCUUUUCUUCAAUGCUUCUGGCUAUGCAUUUUCUCUUCUUACAUAUAGAAUUUGGGGUGGGGUUGGCUGUAUGUUUUCGUCUGGGGACUUAGCAGUAUUGAGUCUCAUAUAGCCCUACUCUUAAGCCUUCAAUACUGUACACUCUUUAUAUUUCUUAAUUUAUAAAAGCCCUCAAACUGCAUAGAAUGAGCCUUUAAAACAUGGAUAAAACUAUCCCAAUGAUGAGUUUGGAAGGUGUGUUAAGAAACGGAGAUGCUGCAGAGCUCAACAUAAUUAUUUAAACAGCAAAUUCCAUCUCCCUACAAAUCCUCUGAAGCUUUUACCCAAGCCCUUUCUUGCCUCUUCAGUGCUAUUUUCCUUCAGAUGGACCUUAAACAUAAUUUCUUGGACACUACUAGAGAGACGUCGAGGCAAUAAUAAAAGAUCAGUAUUAACCAGCUCUAACAGAGGUUUGAUCAUGCUUACUUGUACAGUUUUCCCCCCAUUUCAAAAAGCAAUGUAAUAAAAUUUGUUUUUUCCAUAGAAUUAAAUAAUAUUAAAAUUGA